AUGUCUUAUCACGGAUAUGGCCAGCCGCCGUACGGCCAACCUCCCCCUCCUCAGGGCUAUGGACAGCCACCUCCUCCCCAAGGCCAUUACCCACCUCCUCAUGGCCAGUAUCCUCCCCAGUAUCCUCCCCAGCAGCAGGGUGGCUACUAUCAGCAGCCUCCUCACGCGCCAUCGCCGCAAGGCUACUACCCUCCACAAGGCCAAGGUCAAUAUCCUCCGCAAAAUCAAGGCCAGUAUCCUCCUCAAGGUUACCACCAGCCUCCAUACGGCCAGCCUCCCCCACAGCAAUACGGUGCCCCUCCUGGACCAUACGGCGCACCUUCAGGACCCCCACCGCAACAAUAUGGCCAUUCCCCAGCUCCCAGUGGUCACUACGGCGCGCCGCCAGGUGCACCGCCGGGAGGACACCCCGGAGCGCCAUAUGGUGCUUCGGCUGUCCCUCCAACGCCCGCAUCACCAGGCUACGGUCCUCCCCAGAUUAUCCAAUGGGACGGUGGAGCUGACGCCAAGUCACUUCGUGCCGCGAUGAAGGGAUUCGGAACAGACGAGAAGACACUCAUCCGAGUCCUGUGCGACAAGGACCCGCAUCAGAUCGAGUACAUUCGCUCCGCCUUCGAGCGCGACUUUAACCGAAACCUUGUGCAAGACAUGAAGGGCGAAACAAGCGGAUGGCUCCAAAAGGGCUUGCUGCAAUUGGGCCGAGGCCCCUUGCUGGCCGAUGUCUACCUGCUACACGAGGCCAUGGAUGGACCAGGAACGAAAGAAGUGGUCCUCAACGACGUCCUCCUGUCCCGGUCGAAUGCCGAUAUGAAGGCCAUCAAGAGUGCCUACUACAAAACUUUCAACCGAAGCCUCGAAGACGUCGUCAAGGGUGACCUGAGUAUGAAGACCGAGAGACAUUUCGUCAUGGUCUUGGCCGCGAACCGGGCGGAGGACAUGGCACCUGUGAACCAGCAACAAGUGGAGGACGAUGUUCUGCAACUCUACAAGGCCACCGAAGGAAAGAUGGGCACAGACGAGCUCUUGGUCUGCAGUAUCCUCUCCUCGAGGAACAAUGACCAGAUCAGAGCCAUUGCGCACUCAUAUAAGCAGAGGUUCAGGAAGGACUUUGAUGAUGUCAUCAAGAGCGAAUUCUCAGGUCACAUGAAAGACGCCCUGCUCCACCAACUUCGCUACGCGGUGGACAAAUACAUGCACGCCGCUGUGUUGCUAGAAGAAUCUAUGGCCGGCAUGGGAACCAAAGACCACCUACUUGUGUCUCGCCUUGUUCGCUUCCACUGGGACAGAAACUUCCUGGCCAACGUCAAGGCGGCAUACCAGCAACGUUAUCGCAGAAGUCUUGCCAGUCGGGUCAAGGGAGAGACUUCCGGGGACUAUCAGCGACUCAUGCUUGCGAUUAUUGGAGAGUGA